AUGCCGCCCCGUUCAGGUUGUCUCUAUAUGGCAGGCAGCGAUCUGGCCUAUCUCCCCCGACUUAAGACCGAUCUUCAUAUUCAUCUCAUCGACACCGUUUCUCGAUCAACUCUCACUCAAACCUUUGCUAAUCCAAAGGAUGAGCCAAUGGACAGUAUUGAAUACGUCUUCCCGCUGUUCGGCGGAGUUUCUAUCAUUGCCUUUACCUGCCUUCUCGCCAACCGCACUAUCAACGGUAUUAUCAAGGAGCGCGAGCAGGCCAAGUCCGACUACUUGGAGGCUAAGAGUAAAGGAAAGACUGCUGCUCUUAUCCAGCAAUCUCUCAAUACAUCAGAUGUCUGGAGAGCUAGUAUCGGCAAUAUUCCGGCUGGAGAGACCAUCAUUGUCGAGAUCGUUUAUCUCAGCGAGCUGAAGCAUGAUGCGGAAAUCAAUGGAGUGCGACUUACCAUUCCGAAAUAUAUCGCACCACGCUAUGGAAACCAAGGAGCUUCUGAAGGCACAGGGUCUGCUGUCAAAGAAGAGGGCCUUUCUAUUACUCUAGAUGCGGAGAUGCCUCCGGGAUCUGCAAUAACCACUGUCCAGUCACCUAACUAUCCGAUUUCUGUUAAUAUUGGCACGCUCUCCACUGAUAAGGGGUCGCAGCCUUCUCCGAGUCGAGCUUCUGCUGUACUGUCGACUCCAUCGACAGGAUUCAUAGAGAAAGACUGUGUCUUCGAGGUAGUAGCAACCAAUAUCGGCGAGCCUGCCGCUUUUAUGGAAACACAUGCCUCUAUACCUAACCAACGCGCCUUGAUGGUUACGCUCGUGCCGAAGUUCGACGUGCCCGCCGAAAAGCCUGAAAUUGUGUUCAUGUGUGACCGCAGUGGCAGCAUGGGAGGCAAAGUCCCUGCUCUUGUUGCCGCGCUCAACAUUUUCUUGAAAUCAUUACCACUCGGCGUGAAAUUCAAUAUUUGCAGCUUCGGCAGUAACUUUGACUUUCUAUGGCCAAGGUCUUGCACAUAUAACCAAGACACACUCAGUCAGGCGGUUACGCAUGUCCAGGGUUUCAGCGCCAAUUAUGGCGGCACCGAGAUGUAUCAGCCGAUUGAGGCUGUUUUUGAGCAGCGAUAUAGGGAUAUGAGCCUGGCCGUUUUCCUUUUAACGGAUGGCCAGAUAUUACACCAAGAGCAGCUAUUCAACCUCAUCAAUAUUAAUAUCGGGAAACCUGAUGCUAACGCUCGUAUCUUCACCCUUGGUAUCGGAUCUGGAGCUAGCACAUCAUUAAUAGAAGGAGUUGCUCAAGCGGGGAAAGGCUUCGCGCAGGCUGUCCUCGACGCAGAAAAAAUGGACAAGAAAGUUAUCAGGAUGCUCAAGGCGGCGCUUUUUCCUCAAGUGUCUGACUAUAGCCUUGAGGUAACAUAUGAAGAUACUAGCGCUCCUCCAGAGCACGACUUUGUUGUCGUUGAGAAGGUUAUGGACUCGCCCAAAAGCCCGGCCCUAGAGGAGCAAGAAAAGGUGAAGCCAGUCAUAUCGCUUUACAGUAAGACCCUAGAGAGCGAAGAUUCGAGUGGUGACCGGGGCCCGGCCGCGGCUGACACCAAGUAUGACCAUCUACCACCCAUCGAUGUCCCCGCCUAUAUCCAGACUCCGACGGAGAUUCCUCCUCUUUAUCCCUUCAGCAGAACAACAAUCUACGUUCUUUUGCCAACAUCUCCAACCGAAAGAAAGCCAAAGUCAGUGGUUCUCAAAGGUACAUGUUCGCACGGUCCCCUGGAGGUCGAAUUCCCCAUUGUACAUCUCACCGAGCCAUCUACUACGAUCCACCAGCUGGCCGCCCGUCGAGAGAUGAAAGAGCUUGAGGAAGGUCGUGGCUGGCUAGCAAACGCGAAAAACGCCGAGGGCGAGCUCUUGAGAGCCAAACACGUCGGGCGAUUCUCGGACAUGGUGGAGCGAGAAGCAGUACGCAUCGGGAUCCAGUUCCAGGUUGCAGGCAAAUGGACCUCCUUCGUUGCCGUUGAUGAAGGGACUGAGUGGCCCGUCGUCGUGGACGACGGCUUUCAUGAACCGCGGCAAGCGGGACCGGCUCAGGGCGCUAUGGACCGUCUUCUUGAGAAGCGGCGAGUGCCGACUAUGGGGAUCGAGCGCUCGCGGGAUGAUAGCAGGAGGAGGAGGCGUGAUGCCCGGCUUGAUGCCCGGAAUGAUGUCAAUACACAAAAUUCCAUGAUUGACCGGCUAACACAAAAGUCAGAUGCAGUAGAUGAUGCCUCUAGGAUGAACAGGGAGCGUCUUGCCCGGAUUGAUGGUGGUUCGAUUUUAAGCGAUCAGAAACAAGAGGAGAACCUACACCCACCCACCCCGUUCCAGACCCUUAUCUCCCUACAGCAAUUUUCUGGUAACUGGGAAUGGUCUCAAGAGCUAAAAGCUAUUCUUGGCUUUGAUAUCAAAGAUAACGUUGAGUUAGCUUCCCUCAGUUCUGUAGGCUGUUAUCCAGAUGCGGAGAUAAUCAUAGCGACAGCUUGCGCAGUUACGUUCCUAAAGCAGAAAUUAGCAGCGGAUAAGGAGUUGUGGGAUAUGCUGGCCGAUAAGGCAGAGAUCUGGCUGCGGGAUAAGGUUGGAGAGGACGUCGAGCAGUUGUUCAAGGCCGUGGAGAAAGCUAUGGGAUUCUAG